AUGGGCGGGGAGAGGGGCUUUCUGGUGCCCGAGAACUUUGAGCUCCAGCCGGUGACCACCCAGGACAUGAUCAUCGCUUCCUUGGCCUUGGGGUUCACCAUGGGCAUCGGCUGGCUUACUGUAUGGACAGCGAUCAAACAGACGACAAGCAGCUACCGGAGGAUCGGACGGGGUAUCGCCCAUAACACGUACGUGAUCAUGAUUUGGGGCGAGAUCGUGGCCAGUUCAAUGUUUGCUGCAAUGUCGAUACUGCACCUCUUCGGCGUCCAGUUCUUGCUACAGAUUAUCAUCAACCGCUGCGCUAUUCUCGUUACGGACCGCGUGUUUAUAUUCAGGGUGAAAUGGGGGACGGCGGCCCUCAUUACCAUGGUGAAUAUCUCAGUCUACUGCAUUUGGAUUCCCGCUCGACUACAAAUAUCCGAGAGAUAUAUCCAUAUAAACGAGAUCUGGGAUCGAUGCGAAAAGGUGAUAUACCUUCUCGUCGACGGGGCCUUGAACUUUCUCUUUAUGCGCAUCGUCAGACAGGACCUAGUCAAACUAGGCCUCCGCAAAUACAACGGGCUUGUCAAGUUCAAUAUCUUCAUUAUCGGGUUUUCUCUGUCCAUGGAUGUUCUCAUUAUUGCCAUGAUGAGCCUCAAAAACACGUUUGUAUACAUGCAAUUCCACCCAUUAGCUUACAUCGUCAAGCUCAAAAUCGAAAUGUCCAUGGCCAACCUGAUCGCCAAGAUCGCGAAAGCCCAACAGCGAGGCACCGAAUUCGAAUACACCAGAAGCUCGAACAACUAUGCCGACACCAUGGCAGAUUCGGCCGCUUUGGAAAACAGAAAGCGGAGGAACCUGGACGAAGAGGCACAUAUCGCGUGGGUGGCAGCAACGACGGAAAUUCAAAUGAACAACAUGAAGAUGCCCGGCGACUUGAACGAAUCCCCAGCUCAGCCCUCGCAGUCCAUCCAGCCUAUCAACCCUGCACCUACACCUACACGUGCACCAGCACCAGAUGACAUUACUCGCUGCCCAACCGAGGCAGGGCCUCGGCAAGCAGAUGGAAGGAAUCGCCCCCCGAGACCACAGCGUCGAUCCAGUAGGGACAUAAGAAAAUACGAGUCUUUCAUGUUUCUAUCAUCCAAAGCGGUUGUUGAUCGGUAG